GAGAUAGCGAUGAGUAACCGAGAGGCGGUGGUUCUGAGCGUGGGAGGUGUGAGAUUUGUAACCCGGGCUUCUACCUUGCAGCAGUUCCCCGAGUCCAGGCUAGCACGGAUGUUGAACGAUGACGACCGGGAAUUUAAACGGGUGAACGGAGAGUUUUUUGUGGACAGAGAUGGCACUUUGUUUAGUUACAUCGUGGACUUCUUGAGGACGCUCCAGGUCUCCUUACCUCCUGAUUUUUCAGACUAUCAGAGGCUGCAGAGAGAAGCAGAAUUCUAUGGGCUCUACCAGCUGGCUGAGCUCCUGAGCCAGGAGCACUUGCUGAGGCCGGGGCUGGAGAUCUUAGAGGUGCGUUUUUCUCUCCAAGAGACGCAGGCCUUUUUCCGGAUCUUUGGUUCCUGCAGCGCCACCGUUGAGGCACUAGCUGGACAGAUCACCGUGUUCACAGGGCAGCAGUUGGGACAGGGCUGGAACAGCCCUUUUCCUUCUCAGAAACCACUCGUUCCACUUCCUUUGGAAAGACCUUCUCAUCACGACGUGGUUUUUCAGUGUGGUACUGACUACUCUGCCGGUGACCAGUUUGUGGCCAGGUAUGUUUCCAUAAAGCCCGAUAAUAGAAAGCUGAUUAAUGGUACUAAUGUGCUAGGCCUGCUGCUUGACACUUUACUCAAAGAUGGAUUUCACCUCAUAAGCACCAGGACGGUCUCCAGUGAAGAAAAAGUUGAAUGCUACAGCUUUGAAAGGACGAAGAGGCCGGGGAGCCUUACAGUCACCGUGAACCAAACCCCGGGGAGCUGCGCGGCAGCAGAGGCAAAGAGAAGCCAAGUGCAGAAAGGGAAAUAAAGGCUUUGCCUUUCGUCUUCUGAAGGUGGGAGAGGGGUGUGCCAGCGCUAGUGGCCUUUUUCUGUUGGCUUCUUUGAAACUGCAACUAUUGAGGGAAGUAACAAACAAACAUUUUUUUUUUUUUCUUUUUUUUUUGUCAAGCGUUCGGAAAAAAAAAAAAUAAAAAAAAAUUGUGCUUUCCUGCCUUUUAGCACUCCACCCUCUUCCAUUCUAAAUAAAAGAACCACAGAUUCAAUGCUGGUUUUGUGGACCAGAUUCCAGCAUUUCCAAGGGUUGUUUUUAUUUUUCUCGGUGGCUAAAAUUUAUAUUCGGACUUCACAAAAGAAUCACCCAGUCCUUCCAGAAAAUCGUUUUUGGGUCCUGUGCUAAUUUGCAAGUAGGUUUUAAGCACAUGGCAAUACCUGGAGAAAUAGUUUGGAGAAGUGGCUGGAGGAGGAACGCAAACCUCAACGACUGAGCGUUGCUUCUGCUUCCAAGAGAGACGCGCACAUUGAUUCUCUCGCAAUUAGCUGAAAGCAACGUCACGGAAACAUCCCCCGUGACAUCGCUGCGUGGCUCCGGACGUGAGACAGUGGCUUUGUGAAGCCACCACUCGUGUCCGUGAAAUAAUGUGUUGCUGUCCCUUGCAGAAUACUCCUCUGCCCUCUCCUCGCCGCUCCGGGGGCGUUAAGCUGCUCUUCAGUGCUGAGAAUUAAAUGCUGAAGGUCUUUGUGAACAAAGGGUGGGUUAGUUUGUAGAGCUUUAACUAUGAAACCAGUGCAGAUGGUUGGAAGAGUUAAUACAUUUUUCAGUGAAAUAGGACAAAGGGUCUCUUCACGCUCGUGGAGUGCAAAGCAAUAUUUAGGAGGAAGGCUUGGCAAAAAUGGGCUUUAAAAACCUUGGGGAUGUUCGCCCUGUACCGUGCUUUGUAAAGAUGCCAAAAUCAGCUCAGGUACCAGGAGAGGUGAGUUAACGAGGCCUUAUAAAUUCAGAAUCUUUUGUCCUCCCUUCAAGGCAGGGAAAGAAGAUGGCAGUAACUUCAGGGAUUCAUUAUCUGACUUUCCUUGCUGAUAAAACACCGUCUUUCCAAAGCUACAAACAGCCAAGUGGAGCCCGUUUGGGCUUUCUUGGCUGACUAAUUAGAUCUGGCUUUGGAUUAGCUUCAAAAUGUGGAUUUAUUCCUUUAUUUGCAGCACUUAAAAAUGGGAGUGGGUGGUAGGAAUCGCCCUUCUCUUUCUUGCCCUUCGAAGUUUCGAUGAAAUGGAUCUUCCCAGACCGGUGGUGCCGCUCCCAGACAUCUCUUUUGCUUCGACUUUACUGCGCUUUAGCUUGACACAAGUUCAGGAUUUCCGUAGCAACAACGAGACCCUCUCUGCUUGUUCUGGAGCUUCCUGGGUUGAGAAUAACGCGGAUGUGGCACGACGUCUCCUAAACUGCUUAUGGGUUGUGUAACGUAAGGAAUGUUGAGGAGUGGAUGCUUUCAGUUCAAAUGGGAUUUUUUUUUUUUUUUUUUUCUGUGUCUGGAAUGUCCUCGUGCUCAGAUUUGUCUUGAUACUAAGCCAUUUUUUACAGUGAGAACCAGCAUUGACUGGAACCAUGUCCUCAGGGCUGUGGUCGAGUCCUCAUCACCGGAGGUUUUCCGGGGUGCGAGAUGAUCUCGCCUGGGCUCCCUUCCCCACCAAAGGUUGGACCGAUGAUCUUUCGAGGUCCCUUCCAGCCCGGGCUGUCCUGUGAAGUUCACGUCCUGACUUCCCAGAAAUGUUCCCCGUUCCUGCGAUCGGGAUAGGGCUGAAACCAGUGAGCAUGGAGUGAGUCGCUGACUGCCUGCGCGUAUUGUUGGGGAGGAGGCUUGCCAAUAAUAGCGAGAAACGCCAGACAAUGAGUGACAGCUUUUUACAGGGAAAGGAUAAGAAAUGGACUCGAGGCUGGAUUUAAACAUCACGCCUUCAAUGACUGCUGAUGGCGGCAGCGUAAACUGAGUGAGACUAGUUUCAGAAGCCCUUGUAGUAACAAAAUUAAGCUGCUUCACCCACCACA